AGUUUGCUGCAAUUCAGUAUUUGAAUAAGGAUAAGGAAUAAUUGAAAAUUAAAUAGAAAAGAGUUGAGGAAAAAAACAAAAGAAAUGAAUAUUUCUCCUUCAAACAAUUGUCAAUCAAAUCAAAAUGAUUCUGUAAAAUGGAAUUUUAAAGAUUUCAUUCCACGAUUACGUUCCGGUUCAACUUAUGAUGAAUUUAAAGAUAUUAUCAAACGAGCGAAUAAUUGGCUUCAAAAGAAUCCGUCACACGAAGUGAAAACAUGUGAAACUGUAAGGUUUAAAUCUGUACCACGUAAAGUUUCGACUGAACGCAUGAAUUAUUAUGAAUAUUUUGAUAAUACAACUUAUACAACAGCCUUAAGAUUAUGGUUUAUUAUUCGAGACACUCUGGACCAACGAUCGCCUCAAAAAAUUAAUUAUUAUGCUUUAGUUCCAAAGAAGAUAGGCGAUCCACAGAAUAAAGUUCCUGUAUUUGAGAACUUAAGUCAAUGUCUGGAUAGAUUUAACACAUCUAUUGCGACUAAAAUUCCAGUAUCGGAAUACUUUUACUUUUCACUAGAACUUCAUCCCCGAGUGCAGCGCAGAAUAGGCUUGCGACCUCGCAUUAGAUUAUUAGAAAAAUGCUAA